GGGAACCCGAACUCCGUACUCGGUGCUUGCUUCAGCGAUUACGAUAGGCUAAAAACAGUACCGUCCGAAGUUAUCCGAAACCCCGAUCUCUGUUACUGUCCCUCAUCAGCCCCAGUUACCUUCUACUCCACUUGUUUCUGUGAAGACAUAUAAUAGACUCGACGUACUCGAUAUAUUACAUAGAUCUGGAUCUAGAAUAUCCUGUUUUUAUACAUUUUGGUUAUUGCUCAUCUUCAAGUUUUCUUCUCAGUUUCAACUCAAUUGCCAUUUAGCAGAUUCAACAAUGCCGGCCUUUAAUCGACUAAUCCGUUUCCUCGCCAAAAACGGCAAGACAUACUAUGGAGACGCCAUCUUACCUGAGGGCGUGACAGACAUUGCCAAAACGAAAAAAGCAAAAGUCAUCAAGGGGGAUAUCUUUGGCAAACAUGAAGUCACAGAUCAGGUUGCGGACGUCCGAUUGCUACUAGCACCCCUCGCACUAGAAGACGUGAAGACAGUCCGAUGCCUAGGCCUCAACUAUGCGCUACACGCUAAGGAGGCCGGUCUACCGUUGCCCAAAUACCCAGUUCUAUUCUUCAAGCCUGUCACUUCUCUAUCAGGGCCCACGGACCCCAUUCCCGUGCACCCGAUAGCGCAGGAGGAGGAAGGCCUAGAUUAUGAGUGCGAGCUUGUAGUCAUAAUCGGCAAGGAGGCCAGGGAUGUAUCGGAGGCGGAUGCGCUCGACUACGUGCUAGGCUACGCCAUCGGUAACGAUGUAUCUCACCGUGACUGGCAAGUCGCCCGUGGCGGUGGUCAGUGGUCGCUGGGUAAGGGAUUCGACGGCUGGGCGCCGUACGGACCGGGUAUCGUGACGAGCAACCUCAUCAAGGACCCGCAAACCUUGAAGAUCAGCACUAGGUUAAACGGGCAAACCGUUCAGGAGAGCAACACGGCGGAUCAGAUCUUCAACGUCAGGCAAACUAUCUCAUUCCUCAGCAGGGGCCACACCCUACUUCCAGGAGACCUGAUCUGGACGGGAACGCCAUCCGGUGUCGGGAUGGGCCGUACCCCUAAGUUGUGGAUGAAGGACGGCGAUGUGGUUGAGGUUGAGCUUGAGAACGUUGGGGUUGUGACUAACAAGGUUGAGUUCCUCAAGGAGGAAGCCGCCAAACUAUAGUUUGGUAGGUAUACUUGUUAAACAAAAUCCAGGGGUAAUUUGUAUGGUUGGAUACCUCCCUGCACCAUAAGCCAGUACAAUAUGUUUCAUAGUAGCAUAUAUGUUGUCAGUUCGAUAUAAACAGUGUUACAUAUAAA